GGAUAUUGAGGGGAAAGGGGGGGGGACGCAUAGGCAUGAAGGCGGAGGCAGCGCCCUCGCUGUAGCAGGACGAGAACUGGAGGAGGUGGUGGAAGGAGGCGGUACAGAGAGCGCCAGACUGCGGCGCCGCCACCACGGAGCCCAGGGAUAUUCCGCACACUGUCAUGAAGGGGGACAAUACCUUUUGAAGUGACGUACAGGCAGCCUGUCGGUUGUGUUCAUAAUCCGCACAGGAGGAGUUGGUCGUUUAAAAACGGGACCUAUUUAUGUUUUGGGUGGUUUUGCUUGGCGUAGCUAGCUGACGUUAGCGAAGAAAUCGCCCAAGGAUGCUGCGGUGGAUACGGCAGCAGCUGGGCUUCGACCCUCCCCACCAGAGCGACACCAGGACGGUGUACAUAGCCAACCGGUUUCCCCAGCACGGCCAUUACGUCCCGCAGAAGUUUGCCGACAACAGGAUCAUCUCCUCCAAGUACACCGUCUGGAAUUUUGUACCCAAGAAUUUAUUUGAGCAGUUCCGAAGGAUCGCCAAUUUCUACUUUCUCAUAAUAUUCCUGGUCCAGCUCAUGAUAGACACGCCCACCUCUCCCAUAACCAGCGGGCUUCCUUUGUUCUUUGUCAUCACGGUGACGGCCAUCAAGCAGGGCUACGAGGACUGGCUCCGGCACAAGGCCGAUAACGAGGUGAACGGGGCUCCGGUGUUCGUGGUGCGCAGCGGGGGGCUGGUGCAGACCCGGUCCAAGAACAUCAGAGUCGGGGACAUCGUCAGAGUCGCCAAAGAUGAGACCUUCCCGGCGGACCUGAUCCUCUUAUCGUCGGACCGGGCGGAGGGAACCUGCCACAUCACCACCGCCAGUCUGGACGGGGAGACCAACCUGAAGACCCACUUUGCGGUCCCGGAGACGGCCGUGUCGCAGUCCGUGUCCCAGCUGGAGGCGCUGCUAGCCGUGGUGGAGUGCCAGCAGCCCGAGGCCGACUUGUACAGGUUCGUCGGUCGAAUAACGGUGACCCAGCAGGGAGAAGAGAUCGUCAGACCUCUGGGCCCAGAAAACCUCCUGCUGCGCGGAGCACGAUUGAAAAACACCAAAGAAAUUUUUGGUGUGGCGGUAUACACGGGGAUGGAGUCCAAGAUGGCGCUGAACUACAAGUGCAAGUCCCAGAAGAGAUCGGCGGUGGAGAAGUCCAUGAACACCUUCCUGAUGAUCUACCUGGGCAUCCUGCUGUUUGAGGCCGUGCUCAGCACCAUCCUCAAGUACGCCUGGCAGGCGGAGAGCAAGUGGGACGAGCCCUUCUACAACCAGAAGACCGAGCAGGAGAGGAACAGCAGCCAGAUCCUGAAGUUCAUCUCGGAUUUCCUGGCGUUCCUGGUGCUGUACAACUUCAUCAUUCCCAUCUCGCUCUACGUCACUGUGGAGAUGCAGAAGUUCCUGGGCUCCUUCUUCAUUGGCUGGGACCUGGAUCUGUACCACGAGGAGACAGACCAGAAGGCCCAGGUCAACACGUCGGACCUGAACGAGGAGCUGGGCCAGGUGGAGUACGUCUUCACCGAUAAGACGGGCACGCUGACGGAGAACGAGAUGCAGUUCAGAGAGUGCUCCAUCAGCGGCGUCAAAUACCAGGAGAUCAACGGGCGGCUGGUCCCCGAGGGCAUGACCGAGGACUUCCCCGACGGCUCUGUGCCCCGCCUGAGCGAGGAGGAGGAGCUCUUCCUGAAGGCGGUGUCGCUCUGCCACACGGUACAGAUCAGCUACGACCAGACGGACAGCCCCGCCUCCGCCUUCGCGCACGCCAACGGCGUCUCCCUGCAGAUGGAGUACUACGCCUCCUCCCCCGACGAAAAGGCUUUGGUGGAGGCCAUGAAGAGGUUGGGAGUUACCUUCAUGGGAAAUAAUGGAGAAAAAAUGGAAAUUAAAACAUUUGGAAAAUCAGAAAAGUUUAAACUGCUCCAUGUUCUGGAGUUUGAUGCGAACAGGAGGAGAAUGAGCGUUAUACUGCAGACUCCCACAGGGGAGAAGGUUAUGUUUACCAAGGGGGCGGAGUCGUCCGUCCUGCCGUACACAAAGAGCGGGGAGAUCGAGAAGACCAGAGUCCACGUGGACGAGUUUGCGCUGAAGGGACUGCGCACCCUGGUGGUGGCGUGCAGGCGGUUCGGCGCGCGGGAGUACGAGGAGGUGGACCGGCGGCUGCACGAGGCGCGCACCGCCCUGCAGCAGCGGGACGAGCGGCUGGCCGAGGUCUUCGCCUUCAUCGAGCGCGACCUGCAGCUGCUGGGCGCCACCGGCGUGGAGGACAAGCUGCAGGACAAGGUGCAGGAGACGAUCGAGGCUCUGCGGUUGGCCGGGAUCAAGGUGUGGGUGCUGACCGGGGACAAGCACGAAACGGCGGUGAGCGUCAGCCUGUCCUGCGGCCACUUCCACAGAACCAUGAACGUGCUGGAGCUGGUGCAGCAGCGGUCCGACAACGAGUGUGCGGAGCAGCUCAGGAGGCUGGCCCGGAGGAUUAAGGAGGAUCAUGUGAUCCAGCACGGGCUGGUGGUGGACGGGGCGAGCCUGUCUCUGGCACUGCGGGGGCACGAGAAGCUGUUCAUGGAGGUGUGCAGGAACUGCUCAGCCGUGCUGUGCUGCCGCAUGGCCCCCCUGCAGAAGGCCAAGGUGGUGCGACUGUUAAAGACUUCCCCGGAGAAGCCCAUCACGCUGGCCAUCGGGGACGGCGCUAACGACGUUAGCAUGAUCCAGGAGGCCCACGUGGGAAUAGGCAUCAUGGGUAAAGAGGGGCGCCAGGCAGUGAGGAACAGCGACUAUGCAUUCGCCAGGUUCAAAUUCCUGGCCAAACUGCUGCUGGUCCACGGCCACUUCUACUACAUUAGAAUAGCCACCCUUGUACAGUACUUUUUCUACAAGAAUGUGUGUUUUAUCACGCCCCAGUUUUUAUACCAGUUCUUCUGUCUGUUUUCACAACAAACGCUGUACGACAGUGUGUAUCUGACGCUGUAUAACAUCUGCUUCACAUCCCUGCCCAUCCUGGUCUACAGCCUGUUUGAGCAGCUGGUUCAUCCGCACGUGCUGCAGAGCAAACCAGCACUCUACAGGGACAUCAGUAAGAACUCGCUGCUGUCCUUUAAGACCUUCCUGUACUGGACGCUGCUGGGCUUCUGCCACGCCUUCCUCUUCUUCUUCGGCUCCUACGUCCUGAUGGGGGAGGACACCUCCCUCAUGGGCAACGGCCAGAUUUUGAAAGCUAACAGACAGCUGAUGUUUGGAAACUGGACAUUUGGCACUUUGGUUUUCACUGUGAUGGUCAUAACAGUGACACUGAAGCUGGCUCUGGAGACUCACUUCUGGACGUGGAUCAAUCAUUUCGUCACCUGGGGCUCCAUCGCCUUCUACUUCAUCUUCUCCCUGUUUUACGGGGGAAUCAUCUGGCCCUUCCUGCACACACAGGACAUGUACUUCGUCUUCGUCCAGCUGUUGUCCAGCGGUUCGGCCUGGUUUGCCAUCAUCAUCAUCGUGAUGAGCUGCCUGUUCCCCGACGUCAUCAAGAAGGUGCUGUACCGGCACCUGCAGCCAACCAGCACGCAGAAGUCCCAGAUGUACUCCAGCAGAGUGGCUAUAGGGGACGACUUCAUCGCCCUGCAGCCCCUGACCAGGGCCAAGAACCAGCUGGGGAAGAUUAGGUUGCUGAGGCCUGCCGGGGCGUCGGCUGUGUGGACUCGCUGUGCUGUUUCUCAGAGGGGGAGGGCGGGACCGCACGGCUGGGCUGGCUGGUGGACCGCGUGAUGAGUCGCUGUGACCCCGCCCACGUCCGCAGAUCUUGGAGCGACUUGGACCCCUUCUAUUCGAACGACCGGAGCGUCCUGACUCUCUCGCCUGUGGAGUCCACUCACUGCUAAAGCAGUUCCGGUGGAGCCAGUGGUCCGUGUUUUCCAAACUUCCGCUGGUGCCGGCAAACUAAAUUCCUGGGAAUAAUGUGAAGGAUUGAGCGCCGGUGGUGUUCCGGAAGGGCAGUGGCAUUCCCCGCUUCCUCCCGGUGUUCCGGAAGGGCAGUGGUGUUUCCCGCUUCCUCCCGGUUUUCCAGAAGGGCAGUGGUGUUCCCCACUUCCUCUCGGUGUUCCGGAAGGGCAGUGGUGUUCCCCGCUUCCUCCCGGUGUUCCGGAAGGGCAGUGGUGUUCCCCGCUUCCUCCCGGUUUUCCGGAAGGGCAGUGGUGUUCCCUGCUUCCUCCCGGUUUUCCAGAAGGGCAGUGGUGUUCCCUGCUUCCUCCCGGUUUUCCAGAAGGGCAGUGGUGUUCCCCGCUUCCUCUCGGUGUUCCGGAAGGGCAGUGGUGUUCCCCGCUUCCUCCGUAACAGAAGGGAGCGAAUCGGCACAAAGCCGGGAGCUGGGCGCGUGUUUGCCGGAAGGAUCCGGCCCGCUGUGCUCCGUUAGUUACUGCUGCUUUCUCCUCCGACUGUUCUGAAGGUCCACCAACUUUCCUGAGGAAAACAUGGGGUCCUUUUUAAAGCCAUAUUUCCCAUUUUAAUGUACCUGAUUUUUAAGGUAUGAAGACAUAGGAGCUGGGAGACUUCGGCACUUGAGUUUGGUGCUCUGUUGGAACUUGUUGCUGAAAUUCUUGCGCAGAUAUCAGCCAGGGGACAGUCCAUGUGUACGAGUCUUAAACUACAGUUUUGAGUCACUUGCACAGGUUUUUCUCUUUGGUUUUGUUUUUGUUACAUCUCAAACUGCAUUGUUUUAUUUUCCUCAUUCAUUGUUUGUCACCAUUUAAUUUGCAUUUUAUCUGGUUGCUGUGUGUAUUUUUUUUUUUUCCUGUUACUAACCACUCAUUCACUGUGUGUGUGUGUGCAUACGUGCGUGUGAACGUGUGUGUUCACGUGAAGUUCAUCUGAAGUUGAGAGGGCCACAGACCCACCUCUGUGCGUAAGGAGAGUCAGGGGACGCUGUUCUCUUGGUUGGAUCUGGAAGGUUCCAGAAACCAGAAAGCACCGUUAAGAGAGGCCAGCGAUUGGCUGGGUGCAGGAGGUUACCGAGACAACCGUUUUAAACUGGCCACCGUUGACGCAGUGACACAAUAUCAAAGUGAAGGUUGGAUUGUGGUCACGGUUUAAGAGGCAGUUGGCCUACCCUGUGCUUUAGUGUAGAAGUGCAACGCUGAAGAAGGUGCUGCUCAUUUUGGAUGUUUUCCUGGGCUUUGGCUCAGCUUCCAAAUCGCAGAGGAUUGAAGUUCCACUGCUGAACUAAGAGAGCGACUGGCCUUGUCAUUUCAAAGGCUGGUUUUGAAAUGUCUAAAUUACAAUAGAGACUAGUAAUUUGUCUAAGCUAAAGCAAGUUUCCAAAGAACUGGUCAUUUUCAUGAAGGUACUUUUAGUUGAGUUUUGUCACGACUGAAGUCAGUUGCAUAUGUUGAACUAUUUAAUGUCCAGGAGAUGCUAAUUAUCCAACUUCCACAGGCUCCGCCCCAUUCACAGAAGGGAUGUUUAACUGGGAUACUGAUUGUUAGCAAUAAGACUCUGCCUGGACCUCGGGCUCCAUCGGAUGUAUCAACUUUUUUAAAUUAUGAUUAUUCUUGGUUUGUCAUUUUCAGUAAAUCUCAAAAUGAAGUAUGUUAAUUGUAUUAUGUCAGUGAAGCUGUUUUAUUGCUUAUGUAUAUGAGAACAAUUUAUUUACGGAAUAAAAAAAAGUAUGAAAAAUAAGA